AUGAAGAUUCGUUUGGUUGUAUACAACGGCGGAAAGUGGGAAAUCGUUAACGGAAAGUUGGAGUAUGUUGCUGAUGCUGAUUCAAGUAGACGUGGUUUAGAAAUUGAACCCAACCUUUCAUACACUGCUCUUCUAAGUAAAGUGUCAACAAUGUGUAGUUGUACAAACAAUACGAAGUUAUCGUAUCGGUUGUCUUCCUUUAGUGAUCCAAUAGAUAUAAUAAACGAUGAAGAUCUUGCAAUGUUUUAUAAUUUUGCUAUGGAAAAUAUUUUUGAAAUUUAUAAAUUAUAUGUCGUUGAAGGGUUAUGUGCUAGAUCAUCUAGUUUUUCACCUCCAAAAAAAUUUUUAGUUCCUGGUUUAAAUUUCUUUACUGAUGAAGAAAAUUAUGAUGUUGUAAACGACUACCAGCCAAAUCCUGAUAAUUCAUUUGAAAUUUGUUUGCGAUCUUCAUCAAUUACUUUUGAACCAGGUCACGUAUUUAAUAACAAAGAAGACAUGAAACUUGAGUUGGGAAAAAAAUGUUUGUUAGAACACUUUGAGUUUAAAGUAGAUAGAUCUUCUAAAACUCGGUACCAAGUGUCAUGUUUGGUGGACGGUUACGUCUGGCGUUUUCGUGCAAGGAGUUUUGGGGAUAGUGGGGUGUUUUUUGUUAAGAGUUUUAACGAUAAACACACGUGCUCGAAGACGCUAACGUACCCACAUGUUCGUCAGGCAAACCCAAAUGUUGUUGCUCAUUAUUUAAAAGAACCUUUAAAAGACAGUGGUAGAAUAUAUUGUUGUAAUGAAAUAGUGAAAGAUUUUAGACAAAGAUUCCAAGUUGAGAUAACCACUAGUCAAGCUUGGCGUGGAAAAAGUCUGGCACUAGAGCUUUUACAAGGAUCAAGUAGAGAUUCAUUUGCAGAACUACCAUUUUGCUGUUACAAUCUAGAGCAGGCAAAUCCUGGUUCUGUCACACAUAUCAAGACUGAUGACGAGCGUCGGUUUGAAAUGGUCUUUGUCGCGAUUGGUGAUGCGAUUCGUACCUUUAUCUGUAAUCUAAGACCGGUGGUGAUCAUUGAUGCUGCACACCUAAAGGGUGAAUUUAAAGGGACGUUAUUUUUAGCAGUCGGGAUGGAUGGAAACAACCAAAUUUUACCAAUUUCCUAUGGAAUAGGAAAAUCAGAGGAUGGUGAAUCUUGGACAUGGUUUCUGUCAAAGCUUAAAGAAUGUGAAACCGAUUGCAGUAAGUAUUGCUUCCCGUGUUACUCAAACGAAGUCUAUAAGAAAACUUAUGAAGAAGCGAUUUAUCCUCUUCCUCAUAGAUCUGAAUGGGAGACUCCAGAAGACCUUAUCAAUCUUCAACCGCCGCAUAUGACAAAACGCCAGGCUGGUCGUCCUCGAGAAAACAACCGGAUCUUAUCCGGCGGGGAAGAACCUACUCCCCUGUAUUAUUCCCGGUGUAACUCAUACGGUCAUCAUCGGGAUGUCUGUCGGCAGCCCAUGCCGUCAGAAAUUCGUACUCGCAAAGACCCAGACAAAGGGAAAGGGAAAGAAACCGAUGAUCCUGAUCAUUUUACACAAUCUCCGUCUGAUUAUAUAUACCCGUCUUUUAACUUGGGAGACUUUUAA